AGAAGUGGUCAACAUUUCUUCAGUUAUGAAAUGAUGCAAUAUAUUGAUUAUGCUACAAAAUGCCAGCUCUCAAUAUACUCAGAAGAAUUUCAAACCAUCAAACUCAGAAAGAGAGCUGAUUGGUCCCACAAGUGUAAUAGAACUACAGUUACCCCUAGGAGACUUCACUUUUUAGGGGAGAGUUCAAAGACACUGCCUUCUUAUCAGGUAACUUUUCCCGAUGAAAGCUCCAACUUAGAGGAAAGCACUACCAUGUCUAUGCCUGAGGAUAGUACUGAAUUUACUGAUAUAGAGAUGAACAUGGAAGCUGGCCAAGCUGGGAUUGACAAAGAACCCCAAAAUUUGAGCAGUGACCUAGAGGCAUUGAUACAUGUAGAUUCAGAUGAGUAUCAUUUUCUCCACCAAUGAUUAAGCAUUGGUAAUUGGGAUUGAGGAUUAAGUUUUUGCUAAAUAGAAAUUGUGAUGAGCAACAAUUGCCACCAAGAAUGAAGCUAUCCUGCCAUUGGUAUA